AUGUAUUGCGAAUUCAGAUAUGAAGAUGUGGGCAAAGCUUUGGAUAAUUCAGGGCUGGGCCACAAAGAAAGAUGGCCUCAGCCAGAACGUGCUGAGGCUUUGGAUGGCGCCAGCCAGCCAAGGCUCAGACUGACAUGCAGGAUGGUGAAGGAUCCAGGUGUUCUUCUUGUUUCUCCUAACUUGAUAAAAUGUUUGCAAAGAGAGUACCUUUGGGAAUUUAUUCGCGAUCUUUACUCUCCGAAGAAAAACAGCGCCAUUUUGGAAUGGGAAGACAUAGAAGAAGGAAUAUUCAAAGUUGUGAAGUCCGAUUCUCUGGCUAAGCUCUGGGGACAAAGGAAAAAGAAUGAGCACAUGACCUAUGAGAAACUAAGCAGAGCAUUGAGGCAUUAUUACAAAACUGGAAAUUUGGAACGGGUGCAUAGAAGGUUAAUGUACAAGUUUGGAAGGAAUGCAUAUGGCUGGAGAUAAAUAUCCUUGUUUACUCAUCAAUUACAACCUGAUUAAAAAUAUGGCCCUAAUGGAAAAUAAGAGACUACGCUAGAAUGCACUCGUGCACUCUUCAGGAACUAGGCUAUCAGUAAUCAUCAUAACUAGGCAAUGUAAUCACAUUCCUAUUACAGAUCAAACCCUUACAAUGAAUGUUGUAUUAAAAAAAAGAUUAAAUAUACAUUAAGCUCAUAAUAUAUAGAUGUUGAAUUGCAAUGUAUUAUGUUGCAAAGCACUUUGUAAAUACUCAGGAGUCAACGCACUUCAAAAUCUAUGAUCUACAUCUACCUAUCACUUUUGUUUUCUUGUGUUUUAUAGACAACCAGUUGUUUAUCUCUAUUACAUUGACCUACAUAAAGGAUACAGUGCAGAAAUAAGCAAUAUACUUGACCUUCCUCCCAUCUUUCCUCGCCUAUCCAUUUAUCCCUUUAUUCUUUUCUUCCUUGAAUGUUUGUUUAAUUUCUCUCAGUGUAGACAUUCAAUUAAUUUGGCAGUGAUUUCCACUCAAUGGUUUCUUCUGAAUUUCCUAUACAG